AGUUUUCAUGGUAAAAUUUUGAUGGAAAACUUGAGUAAUAUUUAAUAUACCCUUUUCAGGCUUUUCUAGCAGGUAAAUUAAUUUUAUAUGGGUCUCAGCAUAUCUGAGCUCUGUGCAGGUCCUGUUGAAAAUGCGAUACAAAAAUUUUGCGAGAAGCCAGACAUAAUCCACAACAGGAAGGUUCAAGUUGCUUCUUGCAUCGCUGUUUGUUUAGGCCUAAACUCGGAAUCACCUCGUUGCAACUACAGUUCGUCCAAUGGAAAAGCGAUUGAGAUGUACAAUAAUUUUCAGCCAAAUGGGUGUCCAAAAUGCUACCUCCCACCCGCUCAAAACCUUGCACUUAAAAGAGUUUCUCUAUCGUUGGCACAAAGUCGCUGGAUUACAGCCUGCGGGAAAAGGAUUAACUAUUCACCAGUUGGGAUUUCUGUUGUCUAUGAUGAAACGUCAACGAUUUGUGGCUUGGCGCUACCAGGCAUGAGGCACUGGCUCCCAAGGGAUUAUAAUGAGGUCGCAUGCGUCAUAGAGAACAUGCCUGAAAAUGUUCAAAACUCGGGUCGAUUGCGCGUGACGGUCUACAAGAGCGCGUGCAGCAAAGAGUUCUUCUUCUGCUCCACUGACACACCCAGGUCAAUACGCAAAUCUUUCAUGGCCGCUGAAUUGAACAAUGGAAAUUUGACUGUGUUUCAAAACCGCACUUGCGCGUAUUUUGAGUUUAAAAUGCAGCAAAAGAAGGCCGUAGACAUUCGACUGACAACUUCAGACUGCAUGGAUAAGUCUUUUUUGCUGUGCGAAGGAGACGAUUGAAUGGAAUCAAUGCAACAAUUAAUUAAUUAAUUUAAGUUG